AUGAGCCUAACACUUGGCGUUAUAAAUGUUUGUUGUACCAACUAUCAUCUUUAUUUGAUUUUCUGUACAGCUCCGGAGAAUUGCAGUGCCCCUUACGUUUCACGAUAUGCAACCAUUCAAAACCUGCAACUGAAUUAUGACUACGGUGCCAGUAUUACUGUUACAUGUGACAGCAGCACUGCUCAGUUUAACCUUCGGUGUGACACGAAAGGUCGAUGGCGUGGCCAGGAAGUUUCUUGUCCCGUACCUAUCCCAGCCCCUACACGGUGCACUAGUCCAUACAUCCCAAAGUAUGCAUCAGCUGAAAACAUACGUUUGGCCUACAUCAUCGGUGAGAGUGUAACAAUCACCUGUGACAGCAAUACAGACAGGUCGUUUACCCUUCAGUGCGACUCAGAUGGGUUUUGGACGGGUAGCGUUUCUACUUGCUCACCGCCGAUAGAAGUUCCGGAGAAAUGCAGUGCCCCUUACGUUUCAAGAUAUGCAACCAUUCAAAACCUGCAACUGAAUUAUGACUAUGAUGACAGCAUUACCGUGACAUGUGACAGCAGCACUGCUCAGUUUACUCUUCGGUGUCGCACGAAAGGUCAAUGGACAGGCCAAGUGGUGUCCUGUCCUAGACCUCCGCAAUCUCCAUCUCAAUGCAGUGCUCCUGUUAUUCCAAGACAUUCUACCAUUGCAUUCUACCGAAUAACCUACAACCCAGGUGAUGACGUGAUUGUAACUUGUGAUGCAAGCAACGAUCGUUUUACCCUCCAUUGUAACAACAGUGGAAUUUGGAGUGGACCGGAAAUGUCUUGCCAAGAACCAGCCAAACCUCCAACACUGUGCAGUGCACCUUAUAUUCCGAGAUAUUCUUCGAUUGAAAGUCAUCAUUUGAACUACAAUUACGAUGACACAGUGACAGUGACAUGUGACACGAACAAUGAUCAAUUUACCAUGCGGUGUCAGGCAAGUGGAUUAUGGGAUGGCCCUGAUAUAUCCUGUGCAGCACCUACAUUGCCGGUAAUACCAGCUCCAUUUCCUCCAUCACAUGCCUCAUGCAGUGCACCAGCAGUGCCUAUUGACUCAACCAUUCAGAAUCUUCGUCUCUCAUACAAAGACGGUGACAGGAUGAACGUGACAUGUAACGUGGGUUCUGAUUGGUUCGACGUAUCAUGUGACGAUGGAAUAUGGAUAGGCCAAAACAUAGUUUGCCCUGACCCUCCCAAAGAAUGCAAUCCACCAAUCAUCCCCGUCGUUUCAUUCAUGGAAAAUGUUAAGCCUCGGUACAAGAUUGGUGACCAAGUCAACAUCACAUGUAACGACGACUCUGAUUGGUUCGCUUGGGAAUGUCACACAGAUGGCUUGUGGCGAGGGAAUUCCGUCCAGUGCUCAACUGAUUGUCCUCCGCCCGGAGGAGGAAAACCUACAUUUCCAGAGCGCAUUGCAUAUUCUAUGAGUGAGCAAAGGGGAAGGGAUUACUUUAUCACCGGUCUUCUGGUUACAGCUGUCAUCUUAUUCAUCCUUGUUCUCAUGUGUAUGGCUGCGUUUGUUAUCUUCACGAGAAAGUAA